CAAGCUCCUCUCAUUCCCCUGCUGCAAUUCUUUAUCUUCUUGUUCACAGGGUUGUGUUUUCCUUGGCUUUUGUGAUCUCCUCCUCCAGCAACAAGAAGGGAUAACUUGGGGAUUUUCAGGAGCCCUGAGCGAGGAACAGAGGGAGAAACCCUCAUUCUCCCGACUGCCGGUGACUCUCCCUGUCAUGGAGCCGUGGGUGAUGCUGGACCCGCGGCAGAAAGCCCUGUACCGGGAUGUGAUGCAGGAGAGCUAUGAAACGCUGAUGUCUCUUGCAGCACAGGGGCUGGUGAGUGAAAAAGCAGCGGAGGAAGGAGCAGCAGAGGAGAGCUGCAAGGAGCUCGAAGAGCACUCGUCCCACAGCCCAGAGAGGGAGAAGACCCUCGGCUCAAACAGGCGGAAAACAAAGCGCCCGGAUAAAGCCAUGCCACAUGGCGCAGCCAAGAUGUCCAAAGCCGCAGCGGUCCCCAAACUGGAAUGUGCCAAACCCUUACAUGGGGCAGCCAGCAAGGGACCGGCAAGGGACCGGCCAUUCAGUUGCACCGACUGCGGCAAGAGCUUCCCAUGGGCUUCGCACUUGGAGCGUCACCGGCGGGUGCACACUGGCGAGCGGCCUUUUGGGUGCCCCGAGUGCGGCGAGACUUACAGCCAGAGCUCCCACCUCCUCCAGCAUCGCCGUACCCACGCCAGUGACCGACCACACAAGUGCAGCGACUGUGGCAAGCGCUUCGCCGGCGCCGCCGAGCUGGCGGCUCAUGGCCGAGGCCACGCCGCCGAGAAACCUCACAAAUGCGGUGACUGCGGCAAGGGCUUCGUCUGGGCAUCCCACCUUGCCCGGCACCAACGGGUGCACACCGGCGAAAAGCCCUACCGCUGUGCCGAGUGCGGCGAAGCCUUCAGCCAAGGCUCGCACCUCGCCAAGCACCGCCGUAGCCACACCGGCGAGCGGCCCCACCGCUGCCCAGCUUGUGGCAAGACCUUCUGCCAGAGCUCCGACCUGGCCCGCCACCGCCGCACCCACCUGGGCAAGAAAGCCCUCCGCUGCGGUGACUGUGGCAAGCUUUUCCGAGCCGGGCCAGCGCUGGCACGGCAUCAGCGGUGUCACCGGCGGGAGCGCACCCACCAUUGUGCCGAUUGCGGGAAGGGUUUUGUCUGGGCGUCCCACCUGGAGCGGCACCGGCGGGUGCAUACGGGUGAACGCCCCUUUCCCUGUGGCAGCUGUGGCGAACGCUUCGCCCAAAAAGCUCACCUGCUCCAGCACCGCAAAACCCACUCCCCCGACCGGCCCUACAAAUGCGGCGACUGUGGCAAGCGUUUCGGUGAGGCUCCCCCCUUCCUUGCCCACCAGCGGGGCCACGCCGCCCAGAAGAGCUACACUUGCAGCGAGUGCGGCAAGGGCUUCGCCUGGGCGUCCCACCUCGAGCGGCACCGCCGCGUCCACACCGGCGAGAAGCCCUACGAGUGCCCCGAGUGUGGCGAAGCCUUCAGCCAGAGCUCCCACCUCACCAAACACCGCCGUAGCCACCUCCCCAAGGCUGCUUUCCCCCUUGCCCCCCAACCGCUGCCCCUCUCCAGGACACGGCUGGUGGGGGAGAAGACCCACGGUGCCACAGGGCUGGUGAAGCCACCCGGAGCCUGCAAUGGUGAGGAGCCCUGAAGGACGGAGACUCCCCCAUUGGUGCGAUGGAUGGGGAGGAAGGAUCGUUCCCAAGGGAAAACUCGUCUUGGGGACAAAUCAAAGGACACCAAGUGACAUUUAAGGGGCAGAGGGUGGCACUGGGGUGGGUGAUGUGGCUGCUCCAGCAAGGUAUCAAGGUGGGAUUUAUCCUUCCUGAUGUCUCCCAGCAGCAAUGGGUGAACGGUGCCUGCGCCCUAUUGCAAAGCAGACCCUGGAAAACGGACAUCUUGGGUGACAGGGAGCCUCUUCCCCAGGGAAAUGGUGCUCUUCUGCACCGGGAAACAAUGGGGGUAACCUGGCGCUGGUUCUUGUGCCAAAAUACGGUGUCAUUUGUACCUGCUCCUUGCUGCCGCAGGCAGGAGAAAGGGAUGCCGCGUUGCACUGAUGGAGAGGGCGAGAUGCUGAGGGUGCAGAGGGCUCGGCGGUGGGAGGUGCCGGCAUGGGGCGAGGAAUAAAAAGGGAGCCCGGUACCUGGCA